GGCGGCGCGGCCCGGGGAGGCGCCCGCGGGGCGUGAAUAAAGGGCGGCGGGGCGGGGAGGGACGAGGCGGCGGCGCUCCGGGAAGCGGCGGUGCUCCGGGGAGCGGGGCCGGCGGCGGGGGAACCGGGCCGCCGCCGCCAUGACCAGGGCGCAGCUGACUCGGACGGGGAUCCUGCGGAUGGCGCUGGGCGGUGAUGGCGGCGCCGCCGACCCGCUGCUGCCGGCGGAGGGCGGCGGGGUCCGGCGGGCCCCCUUUCUGCUGCGGGCCUUGCGCAUCGCCGUGGUGGUUUGCCUCUACUGGUUCACCUCCAUCGCCAUGGUCUUCCUCAACAAGUACUUGCUGGACAGCCCCUCGCUGCGUCUCGAUGCCCCGGUCUUCGUCACCUUCUUCCAGUGUGCCCUUACGGCCGCCCUCUGCCUUGGCCUCAGCCUGGGGGCCGCCUGCGGGUCCCCCUGCCCCGGCCUGCCAGCCCUCCGCCUCGACCUCAAGGUGUGCCGCAGCGUCCUGCCCCUCUCUGCUGUCUUCAUUGGCAUGGUCACCUCCAACAACCUCUGCCUCAAGCAUGUCGGUGUGGCUUUCUACAACGUGGGGCGCUCCCUCACCACUGUCUUCAAUGUGCUGCUCUCCUACCUGCUCCUCAAGCAGACUACCUCCAUCUACGCCCUCCUGGCUUGUGGAGUCAUCAUAGGUGGCUUCUGGCUGGGUGUUGACCAGGAAGGAGCAGAGGGCACUCUGUCAUGGACAGGUAUAUUCUUUGGGAUAUUAGCAAGCCUGUGUGUCUCGCUCAAUGCCAUCUACACCAAGAAGGUGCUGCCUGUGGUGGAUGGUAGCAUCUGGCGCCUGACCUUCUACAACAACGUCAAUGCUUGUGUCCUGUUCUUCCCGCUCAUGAUGCUGCUGGGCGAGUUCCGCACCCUCUACCACUUUGACAAGCUGGGAAGCCCCAGUUUUUGGGGUAUGAUGACCCUGGGGGGAGUGUUUGGCUUUGCCAUUGGGUAUGUGGCUGGACUUCAGAUUAAGUUCACUAGCCCACUCACCCACAAUGUGUCUGGGACAGCCAAGGCCUGUGCUCAAACAGUGCUAGCUGUUAUCUACUUUGAGGAGACAAAGAGCUUCUUGUGGUGGACGAGUAACUUGAUGGUUCUGGGGGGCUCCUUUGCCUACACAUGGGUGAAAGGGCUGGAGAUGAGAAAGGUGCAAGAGGAUCCUAAUGUCAAAAGCAGCGAAAGAAACGAGACUGGUGUGUAGGCAGCUCCUGCCCCUCUGUUUCUGUGCCUGGGGAGUUAGCCUUCAGUGCGCCUUUCCUCCUGGGGAGAAGAAGAGCAAGAAGCAGGAAAAAUUUCACCUGCAAAGUAUAUGGGGAACUGUCAGUAACCAGAGCCAAAGACCUGACUGGAUUGUGUUUUAUCCACUGGAUCUCACCCUGUAUUGGAGUUGAGGAGAGCAUGUGUUAUGGAGAGCGAUAAUUUUUUUUGUCACCGUUUUUUAAAAUGGAUGUUGAUAUUGACCUAAUGUGAGCAAUUUGCAUCUCUGUGGGGGUGGGCUCGUAGCAAACAGACUGGGAUGGGAGCUUUGUGUAGUUAGGGAUCUGGAAUUAACUGAAUGAACGCAAUCUGAAGUUAUAAAAUCCUGAACCUCCAUGUAAGGAAGGGGCAGGUAGCCAGGCUGUUGGGGACAGACUCCAGUAAACUGUUCUGCUGUAAAAGGCUUGGCAACAGCCAUUCUUUCUAUUGCCCUGUUCAAUGCAAAGGAUGGAAAAUUCCCUCCCUUCUGGUUCUGCUUAAGCCUAAGCAGCAGCAGUGCCUCCAAAUCUCCUUUCUGAGUCAGUAUCGCAUCCUGCUGAGGUCUCUUUUCUAUUUUUCUCCACCUGGUUUGGGAAAAUAAUGCCAAGAAGCAGGAAUGAAACUUCUCAUUCCCUCUGUGCGGUGUCCUGCGGAGGGAGAGCAUGUGCUCUCAAGUGGCCUUUCUCAGGGAGGUGUGAGCUUGGCCUCCGCCUCCCUUGGCGAUGAGCAGGAGGGAAGAGUUACUCUGAAGCGCUUGCUUCUGUAGGGUGGAGAUCCCAGUUCAUGGGGUUCACAGCACGUGUCCUUUUUACCCUCUGCAUAGGUAGUUUGCAUUUGAAAGUGGGAUUCUUGCUAGUUAGGCUUGUUUGGGGGGGACUUAUUCCACACCUACUAUGCAUCUCCUGUGGUGUUUGCAGUUUGUCUUUUGGUUUGUUCCUUUUAAACACUCCACUGUGGCCAGCUCAGUGACUCCUUUACACAUACCCCUGAAAUCCUAGUUUUGCUUAGCUGCAUCAAUCCCUUUACCUGAAACUUGCUGCUGAACAGUUAGUUCUGUAGAAAUCUCUGCCCCUCCAUCUGCUCUCAUGCAAAUGCCACUUGAGGGUGCUCUACAGCUGUGACUUCUGAUUCCAGGGGUCAGGAGCAACACGCUGUAGUGCGCUGUGAUGUUGCACCAGCUUUCUAAACCCCUGGCCCCUUUAAAGGGUCGGUUGAAGAGAUGCUGGGCGGUUGAUGUGAUGGCUUUGUACCCUGACCCACCGGUCCUAUGUGAUGUACCCUGCUCCCAUGUGUGAUGUCUGGACGCUCCAUUUCUGCCUGAAAUAUGUUCCUAUCUAAUUUUGGGGGCUCCUGCUCCAGGUUUCACGACCACAGGUACCUUUUCCCCUUUUCAGUGCAGGGUGCCACCUGGCGUCCCUGAAUUAUUUUUUUUUUUUUUUAAAUGGGAACUGACGUUUUUAAUGCCGCACUUACUGACUUGUAACGGCCAAAUCUGCUGAAUAAAGUCGGGAGGUGGCUA